AUCACUAUUCUUUUUUGAAGGUUUUGUUCGCCUAGAGGACUGAAGGUUGGAGUGGCGCAUUUUCAUCGUCCAAUAAAUCUAAGUUGAAAAUGAUAUUAUUCUCGUGUUCUUAGACAGUUGGCAUGCCGAGAGCCGUUUUUCGAGGAAGGAUCCGAAAAAGAAAAAGUAAACCAAACGGAAACUUCAAGCGAAGAGGAACCUUAAAGAGGGAAAAGCGAGGAAAGACUCAAGAGCAGUUAGACGCAGAAAUAAUGCUUUAUCAGGCUGAGAAAGAAGGGAGAGACAAGGAGGAAGUCAAGCUUGAAAUCGAGAAAAUGAAACGAGAACGAGAGAAAGCAAAACUAGAUGAGGAGAUGGUACUGUGUGCUGUUUUAACCUUUCCAAUCAAUUUAAGUAUUUUCCCAGGACGAAUACUUUAAGAAACGUGAAACGGACGUCUGAAGUUGUUGUUUGCACGUAGUUUUUCAAACGAAUGAAAGUUCCAACUGUUCUGUUGUGGAUAUUUCCUACCAAACGGCGACCUAUUAUCAAGGUCCCAACUCUUUGCUCCACGUAUACUCUUUCAACGUUAUUAUAG